AUGUUGCCCAACGAUCCCCUUCACCGAAUCCUAGCUCUGAAGGUAUUGCGUGAAUCAGAUGUGAAAUUUAGAAUCGAAUUGUAUUCCUUUUCACUGCACAGCUUGCCACUGCUUACUACCGUCGUUAUACACUGCUUGUAUUCCCUCUGUAGCGUACCGCCGCCCGGCAAUCAGGUGCCCGUGGUAAGCCCCUGCGCAGGGACGCUUCUGCAGACUCAGCCAGCCAGAGAGGCAGUACCGAUUCUCCCAUUGGUCGAACGGGGCGGCGGGGCUGGUGGCGACCCUGAAUGGCUGCCUCCAUCGGAUAAUUCAUCUGCCAUUAAAUUACACGUAAACGCUGGUCGAGAGGGGCAAACUUUGCCUGCUGAAUUCCACAAAGCUGUUGGUGGUUGCUUACAAUCCACAUUUAAGUCCAUGAUUGUCAACCUCUCCCACGUAUUCCUGCGUUCCUGUCCGCCUGCCAGAGAUGUGCUGCUAUGCUUGGUUGAAGGCGAGGUCGAAGUUCGGGUUAAUUUUUUACGACAACAGAUUCACUUGUGUCGCAAUAUUCUCGAGAAGGUUAUGCAAGCAAUGACCCUCCAGAGGGGACUCCGCACGGAUUCCUGGUUAGUUGCAUUGCCUUUUCGAAACAACUUUUGA